AUGCCCUCUUCAUCUCACGAAGCCCACCCCCACCCCUCUCGAUCUCGAUCCACCAACGAGCCAAAGCGUGGCAAGCGAUACUCGCUCAGAAUCGAGUUCCUAGACGACGACGACGAAGAAGAAGAACAAAAUGAGCGGAAUCGCCACGCUGCUACAACUCGCCAACCAAGUAUAUCGAGCCGAGGCCGAGGCCGUCGUCCCUCGACGACGCAGCUAGAUAUCGCGACCACGGGACGGGAUCGGCCACUAGAGGGGAACCCUCACCCCCAGAAACUCAAAGAACAAACGCCAAUAAGCUCAUCAACGGAAGCCGUGCUUGGAUCCAGAAGGGAGCAUCGCAACCGCUCUCCCCUUUCUCAUACCGCACCUGCGCCCGUCGAUAGACACACCUCACGAGCAAGGGACAAGUCGCGCGAUACACGGAGAAAAGAGGACGACCAUCACACCAUCACCGCCUCCGACCUCUCCCAGGCCAUCCGGGUCCCCGCAGCGGCGACGAGCGCCGUAGAGAAGAACAACACACCAGCAGAGCGCCCCCCACCAACGCGGGAGCGACACAACCGGCCUUCCCACCCCCGCUCCACUUCCCACAAGCACCCUGCAUCAUCAUCAUCAUCCUCCUCCUCAUCCCACCCCUCCCAAUCCCAAUCCCCUCCCCACUCCUCCUCCUCCUCCUCAUCAAAGCACAAGAACCCACCGCACUUCCCGCCCGAACCCCAGCCCAUCCCCGCCCCUCCACCGUCGCGAUCGAGCCACCGCAGCCAGCAAGAAUGGGAAGACCUGAUCGACGCCGCGUACCAAAGGGGGCUCGCCGAAGGGAAGCGUCAGGCGAUGCUGCAGACGCAGAUGCGCCAGCCGCCGAGACCCGCGUCGACGCCACCAGGGGCAGGAGGGCAGCGGAUGAAUCGCGGACAGACUCUGCGGCAGCGGGUUUUGCAGCACUUUGGAGGGGGGUUGCGCGAGUGA